AUGGAAAAGGAAAAGAGCCUUGAUAUGGGUGGACAACCCAACAAUUCUAGCGAUUUUGUUCGUAAACUGUUCAAAAUGUUGGAAGAUCCAACGUAUAGCGAAAUCGUACGUUGGGCAGAUGGGGGUGAGACCUUUGUUGUACUCGAGAAUGAGAAAUUUACGAAAAUGGUCCUUCCCAAACACUUCAAGCACAGCAACUUUGCAUCGUUUGUACGUCAACUGAACAAGUAUGAUUUUCACAAAGUUCGACAAAACAACGAUGAUAGCGCUUCAUCGCCAUACGGUCCGAAUGCCUGGGAGUUCAAGCAUCCAGAGUUUCAGGAGCACAAAAAAGACCUCCUCGAUAACAUCAAAAGGAAAGCUCCUGCAACACGAAAACCAAAUCCUGCCAUUGAAGAACAAUUGACAUCUCAACAAAUCGACCAUCUAAAUAAUCAACUAGUUGCGUCCCAACAGCAAGUGCAACAAUUAACCGAGCGUUGCAAUGAGUUGGCUCAGGGUCACGUCAACCUUUUACAGCAAGUAGUCCAACUUCAGAAUUUCGUCCGAAAUCAUGAGCGUGUAAUGCAAAAAGUUAUGGGAUUUCUUCAUAGUGUUGACGCUCAAAGGAGAAGUAGUCGGCUUACAUUCAGGUCCGGGAUGGGUGGUGGAGAGAUGCCAAACGACAGUAACAUUGAUGAUCACGUAGCUUCUCCGUUGCAACAAGCGACAGAACUCUUGGGGCAGUUUUCUGCAGAAAACCUUCCAAACAAAGAACUGAAGCAGAUGACAAAUAAUUAUAACCCGCAGAACGAUUACACUACACACUCAACUAACCAGCCAACUGCCUCCUUGACCCUCCAAACAGAUAAUCAUAAUAUGGGAUAUCACGUGUCAAAUGACCUCGAUAGCUCGGUCUAUCCAGUUGGCAAUACUAAUGGCAUAAACCCAAUUCACAGUGAGCAUAUUCACAAUAUUCCUUAUGCUCCUCCGGCGAAUAUUUUAAUUCAAACCUCUAUGCAGUCAGAAAUAAUUCCAGAAAACAGUCCAUCUACAAAGCCAAAAAAAACAACGGUAAAACCAUUAUGGACAGACGGAAAACCAAGUAUUCUACUUGUUGAAGAUGAUAAAGUUUGUGCUCGUAUCGGUACAAAAUUUCUUCAGUCCUUUGAUUGUGCUGUUGAUACAGCACACGAUGGUUUGGAAGCUGUAAACAAAGUUAAUACAGAUCAUUUCGCAUUUGAUCUUAUUCUCAUGGACAUUAUCAUGCCUCGCUUAGACGGGGUUUCAGCCUCUGUUUGUAUUAAGGAGCUCCGCCCAAAUAUACCAAUUAUAGCUAUGACAUCAAAUAUUCGGGCUGAUGACAUUGAAAUGUAUUUUUCGCACGGCAUGAAUGGCGUCUUACCGAAGCCAUUCACUAAAGAGGGAAUGCUACGUGCACUGGAGAAACAUUUACCUGAGAGCAAGGACGCUGCUAUAUUCCAGCCAUCUGUAGCGGCGCAAUUGCCCCCAGAUUUCGCGCCUACUCCAUCAAGCCAUCAAGUUCACAAUUUGAAUAUGCCACAUCUAACUAACUCACUUCUAAAACACGAAUCCUCCAAGAAAACUACACCGCCAACCGUUGCUUGGAAUUCGAAUAAUCAGCUUUCUGUUAAUCCACCAGUAGGGGCUUCAUCUUCCGGCUAUUUACAACAAUCUAUAGGUGAAAGCCAGAAUUUUAAUAUGACUUCAAAUAUGAACCAAGUUCCAUCAGGCUUCAACUCAGCUCAACAGAAUCAAACUACAGGAGUUCAACGAGUACCACAACGAAGAGUAUACACAGACUUAAACAAUUCCCAACCUGAUGGCCCGGCAGAAAAGCGACAGCGAAUGUUUCCCCUCCAACCGGGUGCAUUUGCUCAAUAA